AUGAGAUCUAAAUGGAUCAAAGGAUUACUUCUCGCCCUCUCUGUGGCUGCAGCUGUGUUAUACCUCAUCUCUAUUAAGAGGGAGGUCCACACCCAUUCAGAAAGACUCCAGAGGGCCCACCACAAUGACUCCAUCAGGGGCCAGGGAAUGCUCAUGAGGAUGAACAAGAUGGAAGCAGACAUCAACAGGCUGCUCAAUAUAAUGAAUAAGCUUGAAAAGAAGGAACCGGUGCCACAGAAGAACGCAGAGGUGAAGAAGGAAAGGAAGGUGGUGAGGAAACUAUACCCGAACUCAUGGCUGUUCGAGAGGUGGGGCGAGGAGCUGUCAGAGGAGGAGCAGAAGGAGGCUGAGAACUUAUUUCAGAAAUAUGGCUACAAUGCUUUCCUCAGUGAUAGACUCCCCCUCAACAGAGAGAUCCCUGACACCAGGCCUGCCAGGUGUGCUGCGAAAAAGUACCCAGAGGAUCUUCCUACCAUCGGUGUUGUGUUAAUCUACCUGGAUGAGGCUCUUUCCAUCAUCAAAAGGGCUAUCCGCAGCAUCAUCGACAAGACACCAGCUCAUCUGCUGAAAGAAAUCAUACUGGUGGACGAUCACAGUAGCAACGAGGAUUUAAUGGGGAAACUGGAUGAAUACAUCAACUUCAUCCAUGAGGAGCGUCCAGGCCUGGUGAAAAAAGUCCGGCACUCUGAACAGCUCGGCCUCACUCAAGCCAGACUGUCAGGAUGGAAGAACGCUGUCAGUGACGUGGUGGCCAUCCUGGAUGCUCACAUUGAAGUCCAUGUGCAAUGGGCAGAGCCAUUACUAGCUCGCAUCAAAGAGGACCGCACUGUGAUAUUGUCGCCAGUGUUUGACAGAGUCAACUAUGAUGACUUGAUACUGACUCCCUACAAAACUGCAGCUCAUGCCUUUGACUGGGCUCUGUGGUGCAUGUACGAGAAGUUCAGACCUGAGUGGUACGCUCUAAAGGAUGAGUCACAGCCUGGCAAGAGCCCCUCCGUCAUGGGGAUACUUGUGGCUGAUCGUAAGUUCUUUGGAGAGAUCGGAAGCCUUGAUGGUGGAAUGAAAAUAUAUGGUGGUGAAAAUGUGGAGCUCGGCAUCCGGGUUUGGCUAUGUGGAGGAAGCAUAGAAAUUAUACCUUGCUCUAAAAUUGCCCACAUUGAACGAGCCCGUAAGCCUUACCUGCCAGACCUGAGAGUGAUGAUGAAGCGUAAUGCACUGAGGGUGGCAGAGGUGUGGAUGGAUGAAUAUAAAUACAAUGUCAAGAUUGCCUGGAACAUUCCCCUAGAGAAUCAUGGGAUAGACAUUGGGGAUGUGUCAGAGAGAAAGAAAUUAAGAGAGAGGCUGAAGUGCAAGCCCUUCAAGUGGUAUCUGGAUAAUGUUUACCCCGAGCUGGUCUCUCUGAAUGAUGUGCUUGCUUAUGGAGCACUCAUAAAUGAUCUGAAGCCAGAUCUCUGUAUUGACCAAGGCCCAAUGCCGGGAAACACACCCAUUAUAUAUGUAUGUCACUACUACUCGGCCCAGCACUGUUUUUAUGGCACCAAUGGACAAAUCUACAUCGGUGGAAUCAAAUCUCACAAGUACAACAACAACCGAUGUCUGGUGGACCCCGGUACAGGAGUCGACCCGGGUCUGUACGACUGCAAAAUGGCCCAGCAGAAGAAGUUCCACACGCUGUGGGAUUUUAAACAGGGAUCAUCUAUCCAGAACAGAGAAACAAAGAGAUGUCUGGAAGUUGCGAUGGGUGAAGAUGGCAUUUACAAACUAGUUAUUCAGAAUUGCAGUGGUCAGAGCUGGAAGAUACAGAAUCUUAACAAAAGCCAAUAG